AUGUCACUUUCAGAGGAAGAAACCCAGCAGGAGGAAGUUGUGGAAGUUGAAGUGGGAGAAGCUGCUCCUGAAGAAGGAGAAGAAGUUCCUACAGCAGAAGAGCCUGCAGAGGAAGAGCCUACAGAAGAAGAGGCUCCUCCUGCAGAUGAAGAUGAAUCAAAACCCAAACCAAAGGCAUUUGCUCCAGCUUUAACUGUGCCAAAGAUACCGGAGGGAGGAGACAAAGUCGACUUUGAUGACAUUCACAGGAAGCGUCAGGAGAAGGAUCUGACCGAGCUGCAGUCUCUGAUCGAGGCCCACUUCAUCCAGAGGAAGAACGACGAGGCGGAGCUCAUCGCUCUCGUCAACAGGAUCGAGAAGCGUCGUACCGAGAGGGCUGAACAGCAGAGGGUCCGUGCCGAGCAGGAGAAGGAGAGGCAGGCUCGUGUUGCUGAGGAAAAGGAGAGGAAGGAACUGGAGGAGGCGCGUAAGAAGCAUGAUGGGGACGCCAAGAAGAAGAAGGCUCUGACAAACAUGACUCAGCAGUACGCUGGUGUCCAACAGAGGGAUGGAAAGAAGGGAGCGAAGAAGCAGACGGAGAGGGAGAAGAAGAAGAAGAUCCUGGCUGACAGGAGGAAGCCUCUCACCAUCGACCAUCUCAAUGAGGAGAAAGUGAAGGAGAAGGCCAAUGAGAUGUGGCAGUGGCUGUUCACCCUGGAGUCUGAGAAGUUCGACCUCAGCGAGAAACUGAAGAAACAGAAAUAUGAAAUCAAUGUAUUCCAGACCCGAAUCACUGAGCAGCAGAAGUUCGCCAAAGGAAGAGGAAAGGGCAAGGGCCGGCUGAGGUAGACGCAAACACCCGCAGUUCUCCAAGGAAGCGUCUGAAAAAUAAUCAGCUGUAUUCACUUUGGUGACACUUCUGUACGCUUACACAACCAAUGUGUGCUUUACAUUGUUAACUAGUGGAUAUAUUUAUCUAACCAAUCCCCAUACUUGUCAGUUGAAUAAAGCAAAUGAAACCAA